AUGUCUAAAUCCAAUAAAGAAUUAGUACAAAAUUAUUUAAGUAAUUAUUCUUCCAAGAAUGAUUUUUUUUUAAAAACUUUUUUUCCUAGAAUAAAAGUAAUAUUGAUAUCAAAUGAAAAAUGUGUUUUUGAAAUAAUUGUAAAGAAAGAAGAUUGUAAUGAUGGGGGAUCUGUAUUUGGUGGACUUAUAGCAAGCAUAAUAGAUAUUAUUAGUACAUCAACUGAUAUGACGAUAUCUUUUCUUUUACCUGUUAAAGCUGGGGAAACCAUUGUAUGUGAAAGUUAUGUUUAUAAAAUUGGUAAAUCAUUAGCCAAUAUUCAUACAAUUAUAAAAGAAAAAUCAUCAGGAAAGAUUGUUGCUUCAGGGCAACAUACAAAAUUUAAUGACCAACUUAACAAAUUAUAA